UCAGAGAUAACCUCGCCUGUUAUAAACGACUCAGGAUCUGGUGUAAAGUUAAAUGGUGACAGAAACUGUAUCCUGCAGCUUUAAACGGUCACACCGUUUCCUGGAUGUGAGAAGUUUCCUCAUCAGCUGGCACGCUCUCCGUUACACAACUGACCUACUUUACGUGCAGCACAGGGAAAACAAGGGUGUUUCACGGCGGAUAGAGGAAUUGAAAGAAACGCCCCCUCCGCCCGCGCGAGCUUAAUACCUGCACAGGUAAAACACAGACACCUGGAGCAACGGUGUGCACGGUGCUGUCUGCCAAUGGCUGAAGCUGUGGAGGUCGGCUCGGUGUCCGCGGGGGCGCGGGCCAUGUUUUUCAUGCUCUCACCGAACGAGUCAUCUUUCCAGAAGGUGGAAGAGGUUCCUCAGUAUGUGCAGCAGGCCACUCCUUUCUUUGUAGGGCUGAUGGUGCUGGAGCUGGUGGUGGGCCUGCUGAAGACAGGAGCCCCAGUGGUCACCAUCAGCGAUGGACUCACCUCCGUAUCUUGUGGAAUGAUCUCCAGACUUCCAAUGCUGUUUAUGAGAGGCUGUGAGCUGACUGCUUACAUGUACGUGUGGGACCGGUAUCGCCUGAUGGAGCUGCCGUGGGACUCCGCCUGGACCUGGUGGCUCACCUUUCUGGGCGUGGACUUCUGCUACUAUUGGGUCCACCGCUGUGCUCACGAGGUGUCCUUCCUUUGGGCCGCUCACCAAGUUCACCACAGUUCAGAGUACUACAACCUCACCACGGCCCUCAGACAGUCCCUCACACAGCAGUUCACAUCAUGGAUCUUCUACCUGCCGUUGGCUCUGGUCGCACCACCCACAGUCUUUGCUGUUCACAUUCAGUUAAACCUUCUCUACCAGUUCUGGAUCCACACUGAGCUGAUCAGAGACCUUGGACCUCUAGAGUGGGUCUUCAACACCCCGAAACAUCACAGAGUUCAUCACGGGAGGAACCUUUACUGCAUCGACACGAAUUACGGAGGAAUUCUGAUCAUAUGGGACCGAUUAUUUGGUACUUUUGCUCCAGAGUCAGACAAAGUGGUGUUCGGCCUGGUGUUCCCGAUCAACACCUUUGAAAUCCUCUAUGUUCAGUUACACUACUAUUUGUAUUUUUGGAGAAGGUCCAGCACUUACAAGACUAUUGGCAGCAAAUUAUCAACUUUCCUCAAAGGCCCGAGUUGGAAACCUGGUAAAUCUCGGCUCGGUGACCAUGAAGACAAUCCAAAGGUUACCGGACAGGAAGUGCCUCAUGAUCCCAGCUGGACGCUGCCUUUACAAGUUUAUGUGGUCAUACAUUUCCUGCUGGUGCUGGGGAUUUACCAUGAUCUGUUUGAAAACAAGAUGACGCUGUCCCAGUUAACCAUGCUGGGGAUGACCGGCUAUGUUCUGCUCACUCUCACGUCUCUGGGCUACAUCAUUGAUCACAGGCCAACAGCAGCUGUCCUGGAGAUGCUACGCUGUGUUGUCAUGGUGACAAUGCAGAGGUAUGGCUACAUGAAGCCCCUGCUGCCCUCGCUGGCUGUGCCCACAGAAGCCUUUGUCUCCCUCUCUCUGCUGUACUGGGCUCUGCAGAGCUUCACUCAGCUGCUCACCAUCAAGAGGAAGGCCGACUGAGUCGACACAAGAAGAACCCGACUGAAUUUUAGCCUUUGAAGUCAUAAUUGUUGACGUAAUUCCUUAGUAGCAUAUUUUAAUCACCUUUAACACUUUGUACACUUUCAUCUGUGUGUGGAGAAACAGUCAUUGUUCCAGCUUCUGCUUCAUUCACUUUUUAUCUGCAGCUGGUUGAAGUCUGUUGAUGACUGUUCAUCAUUCAGCCAUAAGACAAGGCAAGGUGCUCACCUGGUGCUUUUUAUCAAAUGGUGCAUUUCUCUCUUUAUAAAAAUCUUCUGUGCUUACGUCCACACCAGUGGUUCUCAAACUUUGUCUGUCAUGCCCCCCCCCCCCCCCACAAGCUGAAUUGUUAAUUAAUCAUGAACAAUAACUGGGGAAGCAGCUUAUAAGAAGGAUCCAUGUUGAAUUAUAGUGAAACAAACAUCAGCAUAAUAGCAUCACCAGGCUCUUGUUUAUUUCCCCACAUAAGUCAUAUUCAUCCAACUUUGUUUCACUCCAUAUUUCCCCCUGAUCAUCAGCCCCACCUGCACAGGCUCUGUGACCCCCCCCCAACAGUUUGAGAACCACUGGUCUGUGCUGUUAUAACAGAGGUGCUGCACUGCUAAUUAAAGUACUAAUGAAUUAA